UCAGAAAUUCAAUCCCUUGAAACGUGGACUCCUCGGCUUACGAGAUCGCUCCUUUCCAGGAACGGGACAAGACAAGCGGAACGUCAACUUUCUUGGUUCGUCGUCUUCUUCGUCUUCUUUCUGACGAAGACUCGAAAUUUGGUUCGAUAGAUCGACUAAUCCGACGACGACCUCCAUUUUCUGGCUCGAACCCAAGCUCGCUCGAAGCGGAGAGAAGGACGCAAGAGCACCGCCUGGACUUACGAGGGAUGGAGACGAUAGAGCAUGCGACGGUCCCCACCAACGGCAUCAACAUGCACGUCGCGUCGGUCGGCGGCGCCGGCGGCGACACGGUCCUCUUCCUCCACGGCUUCCCCGACCUCUGGUACACCUGGCGCCACCAGAUGCUGUCCCUCGCCGCCCUCGGGUACCGGGCCGUCGCCCCCGACCUCCGCGGCUACGGCGACACCGACGCGCCCCCCUCCGCGGCGUCGUACACGGCGUUCCACAUCGUGGGCGACCUGGUCGGGCUCCUCGACGCGCUCGGCGUCGAGCGCGUGUUCCUGGUGGGGCACGAUUGGGGGGCGGUCAUGGCGUGGUACUUUUGCCUGCUGAGGCCCGAUAGGGUUAAGGCGCUGGUGAACACGAGCGUCGUGUUUCAGCCGAGGAAUCCGAAGAGGAAGCCCAUCGAUUCGCUGAGGGCGUUGUUUGGCGACGAUUACUACAUCUGUCGGUUUCAGGAACCUGGAGAAGCUGAAGAAGACUUUGCACGAGCUGAUAUCACAAAACUUAUGAAGCUAUUUCUCACAAGCCGGAAUCCAAAACCACCUUGUAUUCCGAAAGAAAUAGGAUAUUCAGGUUUGGCCAACUCUCGAGAUAAAUUGCCCCCUUGGCUGUCAGAGGAAGACAUCAAUUAUUAUGCCAGCAAAUUCAGUCAGAAAGGCUUCACUGGAGGAUUGAAUUAUUAUCGAGCGUUAAACUUAACUUGGGAGCUGGCUGCACCAUGGACUGGAGUACAAAUUAAAGUGCCGGUUAAAUUUAUUGUUGGAGACCUCGACAUUACCUAUCAUGUACCCGGUGUUAAGGAGUACAUUCACAAUGGGGGGCUCAAGAAACUUGUGCCAUUCUUGCAAGAAGUAGUCGUGAUGGAAGGAGUGGCUCAUUUUCUCCAGCAAGAAAAGCCAGAGGAAGUUACUAAUCACAUUUAUGACUUCAUCAAGAAAUUUUGAGUUUUAUGUACCUUCAAAAGUUUUCUUUGAAGAAGGAGAAGUGAAUCGUUUCAUCUCCGUCUCCACAAAAUAACUGGAACGUUUGCUGAGGAUGGGCUUUGUUGUUUCAGAUGUUGCUUAUUUUAGCUACUGGUUCAGAGUUAUAUGUACAUAUUUCUCACCUGUAUUAUGUCGUUCUUGUAACAGGGAUAAGAGAAGUGGAACGAUUUCUGAACACCCCAUAAGUAGAGAUGGUCAAGAAUUAAACUCCUUA